CGAAGAGGGUGUGGAGAAGAGGGGGGCACAGCGUUUGGGGGUGAGAUAAUGAGCAGCAGCAGCAGCUUGGCGUCCACCAUUUCUGCAGCAGCCACUGCUGCUCGUCCUCGCCAUGGCGCGGCGAAGCAGCAGCUGAGCACAAGGGUGAAGCCACACCUGAAGCAUGCUGCAGGCUGCUGGGAGAGCAGCGGCAGCGGCAGGGCGGUGGUGGCGAGGGCUGGGCCCGGGCCGCUGACGGAGAUCGAGCCGGACCUGCAGGAGGACCCCAUCGACAAGUGGCGCACCAACGGCGUCCUCCCGGAAGACUUUGUGUAUGGAGUGUAUGAUGGCCACCAUACCUAUGAUGAAGGCCAAGAAAAGAUGGGCUUCUGGGAGGAUGUUUCUGAGUGGUACCAAGAAGCUGAGCCUCCACAGGGAUUCCAAGCACUCAUCUCCUGGGCAUUCCCUCCUGCAGUCAUCCUCGGAAUGGCUUUCGAUGUGCCGGGAGAGUACCUUUACAUUGGGGCAGCUAUCUUCAUCGUCGUGUUCUGCGUCAUCGAGAUGGACAAGCCGGACAAACCGCACAACUUUGAGCCGGAGAUCUACAUGAUGGAGAGGUCCAAGCGCGACAAGCUCAUCGCAGACUACAACUCCAUGGACAUCUGGGACUUCAACGAGAAGUACGGCGAGCUCUGGGACUUCACUGUCAACAGAGAUGACCUUAUCCAACCAUAGGUGCCAUUCAGAAAUGGUGGUCGCAUUGGCUAGAUUCAGAAAUGGAGGUCAGUUCAGAUGACAUGUAUGAUAGUGAUAUAAGCACUCUCUAAGGAAAUCAGGGAUGGCAUAGCUCCAAGAAAAGGAUCUUCAAAUAAAGCAUCCUUGUAAAAAAUGCAGAGCAAAUUGUCAGAAAACACCAUACUACAAAUGGCAAAUGUCUAAAAUUGUAGAGAUAUAUAAAGUUGCCAGUUUGGCGCUACCCUCUCGAUGUUACAAAAGUCUAGCAAAAAAGAAUUGUCAUUCUUUUU